ACCGACUUAACGGUACAUGGCCCAAGGCGGCGGCCAUUUCGAGUGGCGGUUGUGACAGACCACUUUCCCAUUGCACACGCGCAGAGGCGGCUCAACGGCUUUGGUGGCAUCGGUCGGGGCUACGCGCUGAACAGGCUUUUCGAGUACACGAAUGCUCUGUUCCACAGGAAGGCGGUGCAAGUGGUCUUCUUUUAUAUCGCCGGCCCCCGCAAUCCGGCGGACCACUGCUCCCGCAACUUUGGGGUAGACGACGGAACCGCGUCAAUCUCUUCGCAUCCCGCAGACGAUUGCCUUGUCCCACUCUUAAAAACCACCUAUGGGCCCAUCUGCAAAGGACAAAGUGAAGCAGAGAGGCCUAGUAUAUUUGUGGAAGACGAUAUGGAUAUGUAA